GACUGGGCCUCCGGCAGGUAAAUCCUAGCUGCCUUGUCAACAUCCUUGGGCAUCUGCAGCUCCGGAGGCCCUGGUAACUGACGGGUAACUAGGUUUCGGAGUGGCAUUUUAAAAAGCGGGUCUCUAACACUGAUGACGGGCCAUGAGAGGCCCACAGUCUUAACAGCCAGGGCCGUGGGUCGGAUCCCUCCUGCCCUAGCGCCGUUAUCUAACUGAAAACGAACGCCGAGGAGCACAGAGAAACCCGAAGCUAGAGCUCUGCCCGUGCUGUAGCUCCCGUCAUUCUCCAGAAGCCACACAGCAGCCAGAAGUUAUAAGAAAAUCCUUACAAGUUUCACCAAUAACUUCAGUCUGGAGUGAAUCAGAUAUGUCUGCUUCAUAGCCAGAAACCUUUGGUCGUAGUUACCGAUUUCAUUUGGUUACAUGACUCACAGUUUCAGAAGCAACAGUCUCCUACUGCGUUCAGUCCUGGUGGUCACUGAACAACCUCUGCUGGGAGCAGGCAAGAAGCUAUGUGAAGGAAUCUUCUGAUGUCACAAUUCUGGGUGUAACUGGAAUUCCUUUGGCAAGUCUAGCCUUCUAUGGAAAGUCAGUAGAAGCAAUUGAUUUAUUCACCUCUACAGGAAUCAGACUUGGCCUAUUUUGGAUUUCAGUGAAUUAUGCCUUUUCGGUUUGGGACCCAGCCAAGGAGGUUUCCAGUGGAAGGAGGCGAUUCUUCAAUUGGACUAGAAUCAGGCCUGAGCUCCAGUGCUGCCUGUAAUGGGAAAGAGACAUCACCCAAUAGGCAACUCCGAAGAUGCCCUGGAAGUCAUUGCCUGACAAUAACUGAUGUUCCCAUCACUGUCUAUGCAACAAUGAGAAAGCCACCUGUGCAAAGCAGCAAGGAAAUGCAUCCCAAAUAGCAUCAUUAAGUCUUCUGUUGAGGGUUGACUAGGUCAAGGGUAAUGGGCCAGUAUCAUCUUAUGGUCUGUGUGGUAAACAAAUAAAGGCGGUGGCACUAGUUGGGUGAUGACAA